GCCUCAACUAUGGAGUUUAUUAGAAUUUUCUUAUAUUUCACUCAACCGUAUUCGGACUAUGUAAUAUCAUUCCUUUACCGAAUCUUCUGGGUAAAAACAAGACCCGUACCACCAAUUGAAAAUAAAUUGCUUUUAUUGUCUGCAACAGAAUUGGCAGAGAAAAUUCGCUCGAAACAGGUCAAAUGUGAGGAUGUCAUGCGUGCAUACGUAGAUAGAUGCCGUAAAGUGCAGCCCUACAUUAACGCCGUUACUGACGCUCGGUAUGAAGAUGCUUUAGAAGAGUCGAGACUGGUUGAUCGCUUUUUAGCUAGAGGAGAUAAAACGCCAGAAGAAAUUGAAAAAGACACGCCACUUUUAGGCGUUCCUUUUUCUUGCAAGGAAGCCAUAGGAGUCAAAGGUUUGGCGCAGACAUCUGGAAUUUAUGCAGCUAAAGGAAGAGUUGCCGACAAAGAUUCUGAUGCAACUGCCUAUUGCAGAGCUGCUGGAGCUAUACCUGUUACAGUAACAAAUGUGCCUGAGAUGUGCAUGUGGUGGGACACCUCAAAUCUGAUUUUCGGAAUAACUAAAAAUCCUUUUGACAACUCAAGAGCAGUUGGAGGCAGCACGGGAGGAGAAGCAGCCCUCUUAACUACUGCUGGAGCAGUUAUAGGUAUAGGCAAUGAUCUGGGGGGAAGUAUACGCAUCCCGUCAUCAUUUAAUGGAAUCUAUGGGCAUAAACCUUCCACUGGGAUCGUCUCUAAUAAAGGGGAUUUUCCUUACAUUGAAGGCGAAAAUGAAAAACUUGAUGAAUUCACUAGCACAGGCCCAAUGUGUCGAUACGCAAAGGACUUACAUCUUCUUUUAAAAAUACUCUCGAAUGAUGAUAAACGGUUACAGCUGAAUAAAGAGGUGAAUUUUUCGAAAGUAAAAGUUUACUACAUGGAAGAGUUUCCAGGACUAGCUUUUUCUCCUACGCCGUCAAUCAAGAAAGCAGUAAAGAGAGCAGCAGAUUUCUUCGAGGAAAGAUUUGGCACUAAAGCCAUUCCACUGACACUCAACGAGCUCCAAAACCCUUUCCAAUUGUGGCAGAGUAAAGUUCUCGAAAAGAAUUUAGAACCUUUCAAGUUAAUCUUUGCAAAUGAAAAUGGAGAAGUUCAUCUGGGAUGGGAGUUCUUGAAAGUGAUUUUUCGUCUUUCAAAUCACACUUUGCCAUGCCUGUUCUACGCCGCUAUUGAAAAACGAGAUAAGGACCAAUUCCAUUAUGAUUGCUUAAAACAAUUUGACUCACUAAAGCAAAAGUUUUUAAACAUUUUUCAAGAAGAUUCAAUUGUUUUGCUCCCUACACAUCCGGAGCCACCGCCUUUCAGUCAUUUAACAAUCCCAAAAUUCAAUAAUAUUGGCUACACAGCCAUAUUUAAUGUGUUAGGAUUUCCCGUAACUAACAUACCUGCAGGCAUGAAUGAUGGUUUACCAAUUGGAUUACAGGCAGUCAGUGGACCUUUCAAAGACCAUAUAACGAUUGCUGCAGCUGUAGAACUUGACAAACUAUUCGGAGGAUGGAGUAGUCCUUGUCCUCUUCCAUCUAAAUAAUAAAGCUGCAUUCAUAAAGUUUUUCCUAAUAUGAUAGUGAUUAAAAUUGUAUUGAUUGUUUGAAGAAAUAUCAUUCAUUAAAAUAAAUAUUUUUAGACGUUUUUCCAAAAAAUUUAAUUAUUUUCGUCUCUGCGCAUUAUGAACACUCAUUGUUUACAAAUUUUAUAUUGUUAGCUAUACAAGCAAUAUUCAAUAUCCUAGGAUUUAUCAUACUAGCACUAUCAGUAAUAGCUCAUCCAUUGCAUCACAAGCAAUUAGUAGGACAUUUAACGACUAUUUAACUAUUGUUGCUGAUGUAGAGUUUGUGUCAAGCUGUUAAAAUAAAUUGAUCAAUUCCUGCCUUUUUCUAAUUCAAAAAUUUAUGUACAAUCAUGAAAUGUAAUCUAAAUUGAUUAUGAUUAAUGAAUAAUAUUAUGGUUGUUUGAGGUAAGAUGAUACACUAAACCAAAGAUAUUUAAAUAUUGUUUUGGUGACGCAUUUGUUUUGCUUCUAACGCAUCCAGAACUAUGAACAUUUCAUAAAAUCCUGACACCGAAAAAAACUAUAAACAACUUUCAGUGAUUAAUAUCAUAAAUUUCAAACAUACCUGACAAGCAUACUUCUUGACAAGCAUAUUCGAUGAGAACGAAAUUGAAUGCUGGCAAGGUACCUUUUAAAGACCAUCCAAAGAUUAUUGCUGCUUAAACAACGGAGAUGCUGCUCGAAAGAUACGCCAUUGUUUGUUUGUUUUUUAAUAAAAUAACUGCUGUAUUAUCGAAUUAACUGAUCUCAAAUUACUUAAAAUAAUAUUUUGGCACAUACAUUUAUAUUGUAUUUAACUGUGCAAUACUGUUUAUAUUGUAUUUGAUUGUACAAGACUGCUUAUAUUGUAGUAUUUGACUGUAUAAGACUGUUUAUAUUGUAUUUGACUGUAUAAGACUGUUUAUAUUGUAUUUGACUGCAUAAGACUGUUUAUAUUGUAUUUGACUGUGUGUUAUUUUAUUUUAUACCCGGUUCUGAACAGUCGACCCAAUUCUGAGUUAAGUGAUAUCAGUGUUUAACUUUGUGGUCUUGGACUUUUAAACCCACCCCAAAAGGCACGAGAAGUCCUAAAUAAAGUAUUGAGACACUGGGACAAACUAGUCUACCUUUCUUCUAGAACUAACCUCCAUUUGCGUCACAUAGGAAGGAAAGCUUUGAAAACCUCCCUAAGUUAGUCCGGCGACAAUAGGAUUCUAACCCAUGAUCUGUCUACAUCUGAGGAUAUUUUUAGAUCAGCACUGUGGUCGGUGCGAGCCGGGAGUAGAAUUCGUGUCAACGAACUGCGGCUGGGACCCACCAAACCACUUUUAACUGUAACUUGUGAGAACUUAAUUUGUUCUAUUAUAGGAGCUCUAAUCCUAAUUAGAUGGGAUAUAUACCAAACAUGUUUCCUACUGAUACUUUUUUCCCUACUAGCAACUUUUUAAAGAAAGAUAGAUAUAGUAUAGAUCCAAAUAACUUAUUCAUCAUUCAAAAUUUAGAUAAAUGUUUAAAAAAAAUACUAGACAAAAUGAUGAUUAGUAAGCUUUUUGGGCAAAUUUUUAAAAAUCACCCCCCUCCCCCCAAUAUAGUGUAAAAAGAUCCUGAUUUUUUUUUUUUUUAGAUUACUUCAAUAAACACUUGUAUAUGUCAAAGACGUUGCUUCGAUCAUUUUAUAACAUCCAUUCAUUAAUUUUUUACUACAUUUUACCCAUAAAUAUUUAUGUAAAGUAAUUGAUUAAUCUACUUUAUGAAGUCAAUAAGUUCGUAGUGAUGUCUUUAUAUUAUACUGUUAUCUAGAGUGGAUUCAGGAUACUUGAAAAGUAUAAUAGUGAAAAACAAUUCGAUGUAGAAUAUGUGGGAUGUUCUGGCUAAGGUUUCGGCUUUUUACUAUAUUGACCCAAACAUUUCAAAUCAGCAUUCAGAUCAAAGUGUUAUUAUGGAUUAUCAGUCGUGUACAAACUUUAUAAUUCUUAGAUGAACUUUGAUAAAUUAUCAUCAAUAAUAGAACAUAUGCUAAAAAUGUUUUUUUUUAAAAAGCAGCAAGCAGUAAGCUAUUAAAAGAGAUGAUAACCAGCGAAAAUUUCCUAUUUAUUUACCACAGUAUAAAUUUAAACAUGAAUGUUAGGGGGUAUUUAGAUUUAAACAUAUAUUCUAUAAGAUAUUUUUUAAAUCUGCAAAUGUAGUGGUAAUCCAUAAAUGUACUCUUAAAUUGAGAAAAUGAAUGUUAAUUAAUUGAGAUUAUACUACGUCUCUACAUUUGUUGGGUCAUGUGCCACCCUCGGAUUGCGUAAGAAAAAUAUCGUAAUAUGUUUCUUCCGUAUUAAUGUAUAUUUUCAAUAUUUUUAUAAUGAAGUCUUUAGUGUUUAUUGGAUUUUUUUGUGUAAAUUAUAUACUGCUGUUGCAAAUGUGUGAUGUAUUAUCAAUUUUUAAUAAAAAUAUAAUUUAUUUGAAA